GUGAUUUGACAAAUAAUUUUUCAAAAGCCGCUAAUGUUGUUGAAGUCUAUACUGUUUAAAAUAUAAGCAGAUCUUAAUUCUUUUCCAUAAAUUAUAAACUAGACAUUAAUUAGAGAUCUAUAACUAUUUAACUGACUCAAAUUCAUAAUUAUCCACAAUGAGUUUCGGAUUGCCGUCUUUGAAGGUCAAGCCAGAACAGGCAAGUGAGUGCAAAAUACGAGAUGGUCCAUACGGCAUUCCCAACCCCUUUGUCGAAGGGCUAUCAUCUGCAAAGCCCAAAUUACGCGUGUCACAUCCUUUGGAGGCAUCAGAACGCAAUUAUCACCUUAAUGAAGAGAAAAUGAACAUGGCAAUGUUGCGCAACAUCCAAGGACUCCAUGCUCCACUAAAACUGACAAUGGAAAGGAAGUUUGCAAAAAAGAUUGGUCGCCUGCCGUUCCUACCGAGUUCCAACUUGCAGCAUGAAGUGCUUACUGGUCGUGACUUGGACAUUGGCUUUGAAGACAUACUCAACACCCCAGACAUGUGUGAAACAGCCGGCCAACCACAUGCCAUUGUAGAAAGAUCGCUUGGUUUACUGUAAAAGUAUAAUGUAUGUCUGCGGAUAAUUAUUAACUUUUUAAA